ACGUGCAAUCCACCAGACCACCACCGAAACCGCCCCUGUGGUCACACUCUUCCUGCAGGCGCGCGCAUGAACACGAUCCAAGGCGGCAAGCCGGCCUAGCUACCUCCCGGCCGGGGCACGUAAAUGCGGCUCCAAAUCAACCAACCACCUCGCAUCAUUCACCGCAUUUGCCAGUAUCUCACCUGGCAAUUUUUUUUACCUUUGCUGCAAAACAAGUUGUUCGUGUGUCGAUCGAGCCAGAGCUAGCCAAGGCCUCUAUAAAAAGAGGGAUCGAUCUACCCAGCUACUACUCGAGCCACUGGCACUAGUGGACUAGUAGAGCGUGCAUCUUGAUCACAGUAAGGACAGGUAGAGAGUCAGCAGUGCUUCUCACGUCCGCGAGCGAGAAUGGUCGCUGCUCUCGUCGUUCCUCUCCUCGUCGGCCUAUUGGCUGUGGCUGCUGCACCGGCGCCGGCGUCCGCGGAGCGGGCCUUCUUCGUGUUCGGCGACUCCCUCGUCGACAACGGCAACAACAACUACCUGAUCACCACGGCGCGCGCCGACGCGCCGCCGUACGGCAUCGACUACCCGACGCACCAGGCCACGGGCCGGUUCUCCAACGGGCUCAACAUCCCCGACAUUAUCAGCGAGCAUCUUGGGGCCGAGCCUGCAUUGCCGUACCUGAGCCCUGAGCUCCGAGGGGACAAGCUGCUCGUCGGCGCGAACUUCGCGUCGGCCGGCGUCGGGAUCCUGAAUGACACCGGGGUGCAAUUCGUGAACAUAAUCAGGAUCGGCGAUCAGCUGCAGUACUUCCGGGAGUACCAGCGCAAGCUAAGGGCUCUGGUCGGCGAGGAGCAGGCGAAGCGGAUCGUGAAUGGUGCUCUGGUGCUCAUCACGCUGGGAGGCAACGACUUCGUGAACAACUACUACCUCGUGCCCAUGUCCGUGCGGUCGCGCCAGUACGCCAUCCAGGACUACGUCCCGUUCAUCAUCUCCGAGUACAGGAAAAUCCUCUCGAGGCUGUACGAGCUGGGGGCGCGGCGCGUGAUCGUGACGGGGACGGGGCCGCUGGGGUGCGUGCCGGCGGAGCUGGCGCUGCACAGCCGCCGCGGCGAGUGCGCGGCGGAGCUGACGCGCGCCGUGGACCUGUACAACCCGCAGCUGGUGAACAUGGUGCGCGGCCUCAACCGCGCCAUCGGCGCCGAAGUCUUCGUCACCGCCAACACCAACCGCAUGAACUUCGACUACAUCUCCAACCCCCAGAACUACGGUUUUACGAACGUGCAGGUGGCGUGCUGCGGGCAGGGGCCGUACAACGGGAUCGGACUGUGCACGGCGGCGUCGAACGUGUGCGACGACAGGGAGGCGUUCGCGUUCUGGGACGCGUUCCACCCAACGGAGAAGGCCAACCGCAUCGUCGUCGGCCAGUUCAUGCACGGCUCCACCGAAUACAUGCACCCCAUGAACCUCAGCACCAUCCUCGCCGUCGACGACGAGGAACGGCGCCUCUAGAUAAAUAGAUAGAUAUGUACACCGAUCAUCGAUCGAUCGUCAGGACUAUACUAGUUACCAUCAAUGGCACGGAGUAUAAUACACUCUCCACGUGUAACAAUUUCAGUUGUUUCUAGUGUAUCUGUUGGCUGAUUUCAGAA